AUGGUGGAAGCCGACCUUAACAAGGAAAAUGAGGAGAUGCCAAGUAUGUCUGAUCCUGAAGAUUACGUGGACAGCAUCACCAACGAAGAAUUGGUUCCUGAUGUCCUGAGACAGAAGCCAAACAUUGAUGAAUACGAACAAUGCUGUACUGUUAUAUUUGGAAUCCCUUCUGUUGGACCUGAACGCUUUCCAAAGUUGGAAGCUGUGCUCAACAAGAUUUUUGCCACUGUGAACAGUGAGUAUAAAAUUCACAUUCCUCAAAAUGAUGAAGGAGUAACUAAAGGAUGUGUCUUCAUCGAGUGGAAGGACAAAGAGUCUGCCGAGUAUGCUAAAGGUGUACUCGAUGGCUACAAGCUUGACAAGAACCAUACCUUCUCUACCUCCCUUUUCAACGAUUUGGUUAAGGUUGAGCAGCCACCAGCUGAUUGGGCUCCUCCUCAACAACAGCCCUUCAGUGAUCCAGGAGAUUUGUGGUGGUGGAUGCAGAACAGUCGUUGUCGCGAUCAGUUUGCAGUUCACUUUGAGAAGAAUGGUGUUCCAACUGUCGGUGUCUAUUGGCACAUCAAAGGACAUGAACCAGAAUUAGCUGGAGAUACUGCCAAGGCUGAAAGAAAUUCUUGGACUGAAACUAUUUUCAAAUGGUCUCCUCAUGGCUCUUACAUGACUACAGUUCACUCUCAAGGAGUUAUCCUUUGGGGAGGACCAGAUUAUACAAGAUGUCAACGUUUUGCUCAUCAUUCUGUUCAAUGUGUUGAUUUCUCGCCUUGUGAAAAGUACUUGGUCACCUAUGCAAAUCCAACUGAGAAGAUGCAUUGGGGAAAUGAUGAUGAUUGCCUGAGGAUUUGGGACGUGAGAACAGGAGAACUCCUGAAGACUUUCUCACUCUAUGCUCUCACCAACAGAAAUCAGCUUCCUUUCUGGCCUUUCUUCCAAUGGUCUCAUGAUGAAAAGUAUUUCGCUUGCCUCAAGGCUCCUGAAAAAGACAAACUUGAGAAAGAAAAGAAGGUAAAUGGAAUAUCUGUUUUCGAAACGGAGAAGUUCGGUCUUGUUGAUAAGCGUCACGUUAUCAUCGAGAAUAUCCAGUCCUUCCAGUGGAGUCCUACCCAAAAUGUUAUUGCAUAUUACUCAGAGUGCACAGACAGUUUACCUGCUGAGUUCGGUCUCAUGCAAGUCCCAACACAUAGUAAGCUCCGAUCUGGUCGCAUUUACAAUGUGGCCGAAGCUCAAAUGUUCUGGCAACCAAACGGAAAAAGACUUGCAGUCUAUACUAAACGUUAUUCUAAGAAGCAGACCAGAGAAACUGGAGAAGUGAAAUAUGUGGGUGGAUGUUCUUAUCAUCUCGAAAUUUUCGAACUGGAUAAGAAAGAUGUUUCUUUAAUGAACUUGCCCUUACCUGAUCCAUUCAUCAACUUCGGUUGGGAGCCAAAUGGUGAUAAGUUCUGUGUUCUCACUGGUAACCAGGCCAAGGCUACUCCUCAUGUUUACAAGAUCGACUCAAAAAGUCCACACCCUCUUAAAUUGAUGAGUAAACUAGAUGCUGGAGUUCAAUUCAAUGAGGUUGUUUGGGCUCCGUCUGGAGGUUGGUUAGCUGUUUUAGCAAAGUUAUCAACAGGAGGAAACGUUGUUUUCGUUGAUGCUACUCUUCAAGAGGCUAAACGUACCAAUGUUGUCGAACAUCCCGGAUUUAACAAAGGAGUUUGGGAUCCAACUGGACGUUACUUUGUUACUUGCACAACUUUGGGUGGAAGAACUGGAGCUGAUCUCGCUUUUAGAAUUUAUACUUUCCAAGGACGUGAGUUAUGUCGUAAAAAUUUGGAUAGGCUCUCUCAGUUUGAAUGGAGGCCUCGUCCACCAGUCAAGUUAUCAGAUUUGAAGUUGAAAGAAAUCAAGAAAAAUCUCAAGAAGACUGCUGUUAGAUUUGAUCGUGAAGAUAAUGAAGAAAAGUACCGAGCUAGUCAAGAAGUGGUUGAGAAGAGAAGAAAGAUCAUGGCUGCAUUCAACCUUAUACGACAAAAGAAUCUGGAUAUUAUCUCUUCACAAAAGGACAAAAAAAUUGAAUUGAGAGGAGGAGUUGAUACUGACGCUAAAUUGAAUGCUGAGGAGUUAGUUGAAGAACAGAUUACUUUACCUUUAAGUACGGAGAAGACUGUUGCUUCAGUGGCUGAAGAUCAAGAUUAA